AACCAUGGCAAAGUCAGUCGUCAGCUUCGGACUUGAAGGUGCUUCCCAGCCACGCUAAGUGACGCAGCCCUUCGCCAUCGUUAGCAUUGAGUAAAAAAGCGGCAAAGGAGAUCCCUCGUUUCUGCCAAAAAUUAGUGGAGGCGGUCCCCCUUGCCCACCGGAAUCCACUCAAGCCCACACCGCCCACCGCCUCAGCGGCUUGCUGCCCCACAGAACUUCGCAGCUUUCCAGCGAUAUCCUGCCUCCUUCCUCCACUCGCACAUAUCCUGCCCCCGCCAACCCAAGCACUGACCUUAAAUUCACUUCCCCUUUCCAACCUCGCGCCCGCGAUACCACUCUAUCUCUUCUCUCUCUCGCCUCUGUUGCGUCUUUGCCAUUACUUUCCAUCACGACUCGUACGGGGCAUCGCACGAGGCCUGCUUAAUUAAUCCUUCUAUUCCGUUCUCGCCUUUUUCAGACCGUUAAAAUGGAGGAAGAAGUUGCUGCGCUCGUUAUCGACAAUGGAUCCGGCAUGUGCAAGGCCGGUUUUGCCGGUGACGAUGCGCCUCGUGCUGUUUUCCCGUCCAUCGUUGGUCGCCCGCGCCACCAUGGUAUCAUGAUUGGUAUGGGGCAGAAGGACUCGUAUGUCGGCGAUGAGGCGCAAUCCAAGCGUGGUAUCCUCACGCUCCGCUACCCCAUCGAGCACGGUGUCGUCACCAACUGGGACGACAUGGAGAAGAUCUGGCAUCACACCUUCUACAACGAGCUCCGUGUUGCUCCCGAGGAGCACCCCGUGCUCUUGACCGAGGCUCCCAUCAACCCCAAGAGCAACCGCGAGAAGAUGACGCAGAUCGUCUUCGAGACCUUCAAUGCUCCUGCCUUCUACGUCUCCAUCCAGGCCAUUCUGUCUCUGUACGCCUCUGGUCGUACCACGGGUAUCGUGCUCGACUCGGGUGAUGGUGUCACGCACGUCGUGCCCAUCUACGAGGGUUUCUCGCUUCCCCACGCCAUUGCCCGUGUCGAUAUGGCAGGCCGUGACCUGACGGACUACCUGAUGAAGAUCCUGGCCGAGCGCGGCUACACCUUCUCGACCACGGCCGAGCGUGAAAUCGUCCGUGACAUCAAGGAGAAGCUUUGCUACGUCGCUCUUGACUUCGAGCAGGAGAUCCAGACUGCCGCCCAGAGCUCCACCCUCGAGAAGUCGUACGAGCUCCCCGACGGUCAGGUCAUCACCAUCGGCAACGAGCGGUUCCGGGCCCCUGAGGCCCUCUUCCAGCCUUCUGUCCUGGGUCUUGAGAGCGGUGGUAUCCACGUCACCACUUUCAACUCGAUCAUGAAGUGCGAUGUUGAUGUCAGGAAGGAUCUCUAUGGCAACAUUGUCAUGUCUGGUGGUACCACCAUGUACCCCGGUCUCUCGGACCGUAUGCAGAAGGAGAUUACUGCUCUUGCUCCCUCUUCCAUGAAGGUCAAGAUCAUUGCUCCUCCCGAGCGCAAGUACUCUGUCUGGAUCGGUGGUUCCAUUCUCGCCUCGCUCUCGACCUUCCAGCAGAUGUGGAUCUCGAAGCAGGAGUACGACGAGAGCGGCCCGUCCAUCGUGCACCGCAAGUGCUUCUAAGCAGCGCAAGAUUAGGCAGCUUCCCGG